GUUAGUGGCUUGUUUAAGGGCAGGUAGGUUGAUAUGUGGGGGAAAAGUGCCGCUUCUGAGCACGUAUGCAUUCUUCUUCUGGCUCGCUUUGUCGGAAAUUUCAGUAUUCUUUACUUCUGAAAAUGAUUUUUUGGUGUAGGAGGGAUAAUUAUAAAAGUAUUCUCCUGUGACGGGUUUUUUCUAUAUUUACUGUCGUGGGAGCUUCCUUAAGAAGGGAAGACUGAUGUUGCAUGUCUGAAAGUGAGCUCUUCUCGCUUCACGUGAAUGUUUUUAUUGUAUGCUGUUCACCCCCAUCCUUUGGUGAUACAUUAUAAAGAAAAUAAGAUUAACUGUCAAGUGCAUUCCCCUGGGAAAAGUUUACAGAAGAUAGUUUCAAUCCUUCAGUUGCAGCUUGUUGGAAAUGCCUAUCUAUAUUGUGCCAAAGACAUGUCAUAGUACUCUUGGUGUAUCCUCACAAAAAUAUCCCUCAGAGAAUGCCAUUACCAAAAGCAACAGGCUUGGGCCACAGGUUACACCACAAACAACAGAAAAGGAGAGAGGUACUCCACUGCCACAAUCUCUGAGUGAAAUUGAAGGAAUAAAUAGAACGUAUGUGAUUUCUGCCUGCAAGAAAUUGGGUGAUUCUUCAGUGGCAUCUACAAGUGUAGAUAAGAAGCUGAGCCUCAAAAGGAGGACAGUGAGAAGCAAAGGAUGCUUGGAUCACAAUACCACACAGGACAGUGAAACUACACAAACCCAAAGGCAACCAACACUACAACAGCGUCUGAGAACUGGAUCAAAUAAGCAAUGUAAAAUAGACAACACACAUGCAGGUAGGACAGAAAAUGAAGGAUCUCUUGCACAGAAGAGCAAUGAAACUUUAUGUCCACCAAAAUGUAACAGUAAGGAUGCUUCACUUGUUAAAAAUGGCCUUCAGUCCCUCAAACACUCAGAUAUAAAGAGUAGUUUGGAACAGAAAAAUAAUUUCCUUUUUAAUUGCAGUGAGUUCAAUGGUACUUGUAACUACAUUCCUUUGAAACAAAGGGCAGUUGGUACUAAUUCACAAAAUGAGGUUCUUAGUUCAGUGUUUUCAACAACUGUGAAACCUGAAGACAGUUUGCUUAAAGUGGCUGAAAAAGUUAACUCCAGUAAGCAAACGGAGACUGGCAGUGAGCAAAACAGAUCUAUGAAAAAUGCAAGUUUGGGAAGACCGAAGACACCAAGGAAAACUAUAGCAGAAGGAAUUAAAUUUAUAGCAAAAUGUGGACCUCUUCAGGAUACCAGAAGUCCUACAAUCUCCACCAUGAGAAACAAGGUGUGUCUUCAAAUAGUCUCGCAGAAGAAAUCCAGUAUUUCUGAUCCACUCACUUUAAAGAAUAAAAAUGGAAGGGGACGAGAAAACAGCACGGAUGUUCAAACUGCUUCGCUAAAAGAAGACAUUCCGAUUCAGGACACAUGCGCCAAAGAUGACCCUUUCAAAAUUGAAAACAGUAAAGUGAUUGUGGCAGUAAGAGUACGUCCAUUCAGCACCAGAGAGAAAAAUGAAGAAAAGUUGCAAGUGGUAUCUAUGGCUGGACGAGAGACUGUUGUUCACCAUCCAGGCACAAAACAAGUGUAUAGUUUCAAUUUUGACUUUUCAUUCUGGUCUUUUGAUAAGCAUAAUCAUAACUUUGCGAGCCAGGAGAUGGUUUAUCAGUCAGUGGCUGUGCCUCUCCUGGAAACAGCCUUUGAAGGAUACAACACCUGCCUCUUUGCAUAUGGACAGACUGGUUCUGGAAAGUCUUAUACCAUGAUGGGAUUUGAUGAUGAUGAACGAGGAAUAAUACCAAGAUUUUGUGAAGAUCUAUUUACUCGAAUAGCAGAUAUGAAAUUGCAGAAGACUUUCUGCCUUGAGAUGAGCUAUUUUGAAGUCUACAAUGAAAAAAUUCAUGAUUUACUUGUCUUCAGAACUGAAAAUGAGCAGAGGAAACAGCCUCUUCGUGUAAGAGAACAUCCAAUCUUUGGACCCUAUGUGGAAGAUCUGACAGUGAAUGUGGUCAGUUCUUAUUCAGAUAUCCAGGGUUGGCUCCAGCUAGGAAAUAAACAGAGAGCUACUGCUGCCACAGGCUUGAAUGACAAGAGUUCUCGGUCGCAUUCUGUUUUUACCCUUGUAAUGACGCAAACAAAGACCAAUAUUGUGGGGAAGGAGGAAUGUGAACAUCGAAUUAUCAGUCGUGUGAAUCUAAUAGAUCUGGCAGGCAGUGAACGCUGCUCAGCAUCUCAAACCAGUGGAGACAGACUGAAGGAAGGUGUGAGUAUUAACAAAUCCCUGUUGACCUUGGGGAAAGUUAUUUUUUUACUGUCUGAGCAAUGUCAGAGCCGGAAGAAAGUGUUCAUUCCCUACCGUGAGUCUGUCCUUACAUGGUUGUUAAAAGACAGCCUUGGUGGAAAUUCAAAAACUGCUAUGAUUGCCACUGUGAGUCCUGCUGCCAACAAUGUGGAGGAAACGCUGAGUACCCUUCGAUACGCUAAGCAAGCUUGUUUCAUAAUCAACACUGCCAAAGUAAAUGAGGACAUGAAUGCUAAAUUAAUCCAAGAAUUGAAAGCUGAAAUUGAGAAGCUGAAAUUGGCUCAGAAGAAUGUGCAGAAUAUUGACCCUGAGAAACACAGACUUUACGUGCAAGAAAUAACCUCUCUGAGGAUGAAGCUACACCAGCAAGAGAAGGAGAUGGCUGAGAUGCAGAGGGCCUGGAAAGAAAAACUUGAACAAGCAGAAAAAAAGAAAUUUGAAGAAACGAUGGAGUUACAGAAAGCUGGCAUUACCUUCAAGGUGGACAACAGUCUGCCUAACUUGGUCAAUCUGAACGAAGACCCCCAGCUCUCGGAGAUGUUGUUAUACAUGAUAAAAGAAGGGCAAACUACAGUUGGGAAAUGCAAGCCAAACUCAGGUCAUGACAUCCAGCUCUCGGGAGUCUUGAUAGCUGACAAUCACUGUGUUAUCAAGCACGUGGAAGGUGCUGUGAGCAUUACUCCACUGGGAGAAGCAAAGACAUAUAUUAAUGGAAAAUGCAUUUCAGGUCCUACAUUAAUGCACCACGGUGAUCGCAUCAUUCUUGGGGGGAACCACUAUUUUCGCUUUAAUCAUCCAGAAGAAGUUCAGAAAGUCAAGUACGUUUCUUGUGGGGCUUCCCUGCCUGAGGAGGGUCCAAAAGACUUUGAAUUUGCAAAAAAUGAACUGCUGGCUGCACAAAGGGCUCAGUUGGAAUCAGAAAUAGAAGAAGCACGGCUGAGAGCAAAGGAAGAAAUGAUGCAAGGAAUCCAAAUUGCAAAAGAAAUGGCCCAACAAGAACUCACUUCUCAGCAAAGAAUUUAUGAAAGCCAGAUAAAAUCACUGGAGGUGCAGCUGGAAAAAGAAUCACAAAGGAAACAGCUGCAGGAAAUGAAUAAUCAAAUGGCUGCAAACAAAAUCCAAGAGUUGGAGAAAGCAAAGCGAGGCCUUGAGCUGGAGGUACACUUCAACAAGAAGCGCUUGGAAAUGGAGACACUGGCUGCCAGAGAGGCGCUAGAAGAUCAUACGAUUCGUCAUGCCAAGAUUCUUGAAGCUCUGGAGACUGAGAAACAGAAGAUUGCCCUGGAAGUACAAACUCUUCAGCAGAAUCGUGGAACCAAAAACAAAGCAGAGCCAAACUGGAGUUCUUUGAAACUAUCAAUGAUGAUCAAGGAGGCCAACACGAUUAGUAGUCAAUUAGAUAAGCACACUGUUUUUUGUAGGCAUGAUGAAAUGAAUGAAGGCAGUGGCAAGGGUUCUUCUUUUCAAGUACAGGUCCGUAACAUCAGGCUGGGAGUUUCAACUUUCUGGAGUCUGGAGAAGUUUGAGUACAAGUUGGCUGCAAUGAAAGAACUCUAUGAGACCAAUAAUAGUAACAAAGCUGAUGAGAUUUUUUAUGAUCCCAUGGAUGAAUGGGAACCUGAUCUCUUGAAUGUAUCCAUGUCUUCCUUUUCUAGAAGGAGAAGCAGAAGUUUGAAGAAGAGCAAACGAAUUUCUGGAUGUUUGUCUGAGGUAAAGCUGAGUCUACAUGAUCCAUAUUUACCAGGCACAAGAAAUAGAUUGGGCAGACCAAGUUUGGAUCCACCGGAAUCAUUUGUACCUGGUAUUUGUAAAGAGUUGAUAAGUUCUGCGCUGGAUGUUUUGGAACAGACUCAUGAAAAAGAAGAAAGCGUGGCACAAAAUCUUCUAACAGCAUUGUUCACUGUUUAUGCUGGAGUCACCGCCAUGACACAUGCAUAUGAACAAACUGAAGAAAGUGAAGAGAACAUUUUCACUGUGGACCAGGCUGCUCAGUCCUGCAGCAUCAGAAUCGCUUCUUCCUUUGAACAGCUUGUGGUUCUAAGCAAGCAGUGGCUGAACAAUUCCCAAAAAAGCAAGGAAUUUAUGCAUGCUUAUGACGGACUAUGGGAAGGCCUAAAACAUUUGGGAGGAUACUUACAAUUGCUAUUGCAGGGUGGGUGUUCAGAUUUAUCUUCGAUAGUCACAGAGGCACAGAAGAAAAUAAUACACACACUGAAAGAAAUGGUAAAAUUCAUAGGACUCUUGGUGGUACUUACAGGGUCAGACAUACAUUUUCCAGCAGGAAAUAAAGGUGAUGCAAGCAAUUCAAAGGAAGAACUUAUACCUGACCUUUAUGAUGGUCUAGGUGCAGGACUAGAACAUCUUAUAGACUGCAUACAGAAGACAUUGAGGGACACACAAGAUGAACUCUUAAAAUGGUAUCCACAAAAUGAGGUUCAGAAUCAGCUAAAGAAUAAAACUAUGGCUUUGGCUAACCUCCUUGAAAAGAUCGUAUCUGAUUGUCAAAAGAAAGAAAUAGCAUUAUUAAGGAGAACAGAAUCUGUUGAUCAGGAAGUGAAUAAAGCAACUGAUAAAGCUGCCAAAUUGUUGGAGUUUCAUCAUUGUCUAGAUCAAGUCUACCAAAUGGUCACUUCUUCAUUACAAGGAUCAUACAGAAACAAAAACCCACUGAGAUAUUUCAUUGAAAAGAUUUGCAUCUUAGCUGGGAAUUUUAAUGCGCUCUGCUAUUCAUGCACUUCGCCUGUUGCUUCAGCAGGUGCACUUUUUCCUAAAAUGCCGGAUUCUCUUGUGAACAACAGUGAACUGGAGUCUGUAGCAAAGUCACUUGUUAUAAGUUUUGAACUUGAGAAUGGGUGGGACUCGCUGAAACAUCAAGAUGAUCAAAUGAAAAAUACUGAAGAGACAGAACUUGGAAAAGGUGAAACUACUAUAGUAGAAUGGGAGCAUAAAGGAACUUCAAAACGAGAAUAUAAACUUUGGUCUGUGCCUCAAAGCUCAGGGGAAGCUUCACCUAGUAGAAUUCACUGGGUAUGAAUGAAAUGUUGCUUGGUUAGUGGAAUAGUUCAGAGUGCAAGAAAGAGUGUAUUCUGUAAAUAUGUUGGCUGUUGCUGCUGCAUCUGUCCUCGUUUUUAUGACAAGAAUCUCAGAAGAAUAUGAAUGUGAAGGCCAAGUUCUUGGGUUCACCUGAUGAUGGGGGUGGGCAUGUACUCUUCUCCCUGCUCUGUGUGUAAGGCACUGUGUGAACAAGUCACACCUAAGGCUUGUAUGAAAAGAGGGUUGCCUCACAUAACCUUUCUUUACCUCAGUAAAUUAAGAGAAGGAUUUCCAAAAUCAACCCAUGUGGCACAUGACCAGCUCUUACACUGUCCAGUUGCGAUGGUGAGACAUUGUUUAGGCAGCUGAAUGUAUAAACCAACAAAAAUUUCACAGCAACAGUUAAUUUCUACCACAAUAAAAUCUGGUCUAAACCGCACAUUUUAAGAUGCAAUCCAAGGAAGAAAAUUUAAUGUUCAUUCUGCAUUAAUACUCUUCUUUUAAAGCCUUGGUGCCACAUCUGAGAAGGAAUAUUAGCUUUACUGGCAGUAUUUCUUGGCCGUUAGGUCUGUGAAUAUUCUACCAGGUACACCAUUUAUUGUUUGUAACUAAGCAAAGUACUAUUCAAAGGGUUUUUUUAAAAAAAAUAUGUCCUGUGUGCAGUAAAUGUUCAACAAGAAGAAAUGAGAGGAAAGGCUGCCUCUGCCAUUCAAGGAAGUUUGUUCUUAUGCAUAUGCAAAGGGAAGGGUUUGUAGAAGUCCUCUGUGCCUUAAAGACAGCCACCUUGGGGGGAUCUCCUAUGAACAUCAGAGCUAGUUUUUCCAUGGAAGAACAGUGGAUGGAAGAGGACUUUGAGUUGACCUUUGGAUCUCUCUGUUGCUGUAUACCUUUGUUAUACAUAUCAUAUAGCAUAUAGUGCAACAGUUUUGAAAAGCUGCAGAUUCCUAUCAUAUAAAAGCUGAUGAUUCCUGUAGAUGCAAACAGCUUGAUGUCAAAAAUAUAGUUUGUCUUUAUUUUGUAACUUAUAUGCAGCACUUAUUUAAAAGGGGGAGAGGGAGAGACAGAACUUUCCUCAGUUAUUUCUGUCACUGAUUUGGUUUUCAUACAGGAUUUCUUCCAAGUGGAGCGGGGCUUUCAUGUUUCCUUUCUCUCCCCCCAAAAUGGUGCUUCCAGGGGAAAGCCCUCCCUGGAAUAGCUCAGAGGGGGUAUUUGUCUCCCUCUUCCAUCCACAAUAUUUCAGUACAAUUAUGUUUUGCUGAUGUGGCUGUUGAGAGAGCUGGAAUAACUUUUAUAUCAUUUAACAGUACCCUACAUAAUACAGCAGGAUUAAUUCAUCAUAAAAAUCCUAAAAUUAUCUUUACGUACUAUUUCAUUUGAUGGAAAUCAUUUUGUGGGUUUUUGGAAAAGUCUUAAAACAAAAUUACAGCUUUGCUCUUCAUAUUUUGUAACAGGAAAAUACAACCUUUGUAAUCAUGUAUUUAAUGUACACAUAUGUUCCUGAAUACAUAGAUGUCUGUUUUAAAAGUCUGUAAAUAUUAUAAUAAAAUUGUAAAAUGUACAUGAAUUGCCAGUGUAAGCAAGAUACAAAUAUGACUUUUUAAAGCUUCAAAUUAUAUGUGUAUUUAAAUAUUUAA